UUCCCCAACUCCUUUCAAGAUAAUCCUGUCGUUUUUAUCCUCUCAAAGGGUAUCUGUCGUAUCCUGGACCUUUAUUGAGUACAGCUCUUGAUCGAACGGCAAAGACACUGAAUACCUAUAUUGAUCUUUGUUAUCUUGUACCAUCAACCCAACAAAAUGUCUCUCUCGAGAGGUGAACUCGAAACCGUCCUCCAGGCUGCCAUCAAGAGACGGGAGACGGUCUAUCAGAAUUGCUACUCGUUUCAUUUCCGUUGGUCCGAUGAUAAUACUGGGGCGGAGCGUGACUUUCAAAGUUUCAAGUCAAUGAUGGACAUACUCGGAUUUCCAGAGCCACACGAAUUAGUCAUUGGCUCACGUCAGGCACAACCUGGGUGGUUUUUGACCCAGGAACUCAAUGAAAAGCUUACGAUGCCCGCGUGGAAAGCACAAGGAAGAAGUGUCGUCGUAGUCCACUACGCGGGACACGGAGCGGCCAGUGCUGGUGGUGACGAACUACUCCUCACCAAUUCAUCGGGGAAAGUUAUGAAAGCAUCUGCAGUCUUGCAAGCAUUUCAAACGUAUGAUGACCAGGUGGACGUUGAUAUCCUUGUCAUUUUUGACUGCUGUUGGAGCUUUUUAGCGAGCCGAACGAUGAAACCCGGAGCCCGGCUUGUCGAAAUCAUUACCGCGGGUGACGAAAGAGAUCCAAUUGCCUUUGAGUCCACAGUGAAAGCAUCGCUGACAUCCAAAUUGUUCAUCGAGAUCCGCCAGAGAGCGCAGAUGUGCCACCAAUAUGUCGAGUUUACGGAUGUCAUUAGUGAACUUCGACGUAUUUCUCCGCUAAAAAAGCCGUGUCACGCGUCUUUGCUAGGAGUCGGGUCCAUUAAACUGCCUCUCAAUCCGAACUCGGCUGCAAUGUCGAAUUCUAUUAUGGGACUUAUCAAUCAACCGGUUGCACACCUUGCGGCCACCUUUUCCAUCCACGUUUCUUACACGUACGAUGCACAACAGUUAGAACAACUAUCAGCAUGGAUCGCCAAUCUCGAAGGAGACUGCUCCUUAUACCGCUUUCCUUCGCAUCCAGGGUCUACCUGGGGUUACUUUCCUUGCCGAGCACAAGCCGUCAAGCCCUCCUGUUCAGCAUCGCGAAGCUAGCUCUGGACGUAUUGUUGGGAUUGAGAAUAUGCCGCCCAAU